CGCGUGGUCGCGUGCCGAUGGUGGCGCGUCGAGCGCUGAAAGAAAAAUGGAGGACGUUGACCAGAUUGCGCGCAGGCGAGAGAUUCGGAAAAAGAAGAUAUUGGAAAACUCUGACGCCCGAUGGAAGAAAAUCGUAGGACAAGAGAGGCGUGAUAGCACGGAGCUUCUAAAGGAUGAUGGGACCCCACCCUUAUCGGCACAAGGCCCAAGGCUGUCUCAACAGCAGGAGGUGCCAUCCCGGUCUCCCGGGCUACAUUCUACAUUCGAGGCUACAUUCUCUGCCUCAGAGGAGCAGUCCAGGCGGUCUUAUUCCUUUGGGGAGGCCAGUCCGACGGACCUGUGGAGAGGUGAGACGCUCCCAGAGUCUUUGGCAUCCGGCACCCCGCCCCGCACGUCGCUGUUGGGGGAGUCUCGGACGCGUUCCCUGGAUGAGACGGCCAACGGGAUGCCCCGGCUGAUCUCGUCGGCGCCCCAGCAGCGCCCUGCCUCCUACUCGUUCCCCAAGAAGGUGUCAGACACCGAGUCCCGGUCGUACUCGCGUUGCAAGCAGGACUCGCGUGAGGACGGCGGCCCCCUGGCCUUCCUUCUGGACUGUCUGGGUUCGUGCGGGCCGAGCCUGGUGCGUGCCUGGCUGCUCGGCCUCAUGGCCACCUGCGUUCGGCUCUGGCUGGCCCUCGGGACCGCCUGGUCCGGCCUGCAGACAAUACUACUGCCUUUCUGCCUUCUCGAAGCAGCCAUUUAUAGCUACCCAACAUCCCUGACAAAGGCAAGCACGCCUCAGCGCGGCCCUGCGGCACUGCUCUGCUCCCCGCUGUCCCUGCUGACGGCAGCCCUGAUGCUGUGCGGGAUAGCCCCCAAGACGACGUCGCGCGUCACAGCCUGCCUCCAGCUACUCACCGACGUGGCCGUGGACUUUGCCGUCUACACGUUCUCCUUCGUCGUGUUCCACGUCAUCUGGGACGACUGGGUCGGCUGAGGGCAGCACCUGCGGCCGAGUUGCCACCGGUUUCGUCGCAGGGGCGAACUUGCACUUGCGGCCGUGCGCCUGCCUUCAAUCGAACGACCCAUCGACGUGCGUCGGGGCGGCAAGUCGCGAGUGCAGCCUUCUUGCGGAGGACACGUCGGCCUUGGGGCGUGGACGCCGACCUCCGGCGGGAGGCACGGUUUUCGAGAGAGGGGUCCCCAAGAGUGGUCCGGCGCAUCGAAAGAGCGGUUGCAAUCUUUUUUCCUCGCAUCCAGGCGUCCUGAGGUGUGUGUGUGCACCAAGUGUGUGCCAUGGCAGAGGAAACGGACUAGAAGAGCAGGUUGACAACCCCCAACCAUUUCGUUGACCCGUACUAGUGCAUCGACCCAACACCUUGCUUGUUUCCUCUUUUCCCGAAAGGAACAUUUGGUGCAUUCAAUUUUCGAGGCCCGUUAGUAGCCUUUGAGUAGUGGUGCUGCAAUCUGAAGUCUUACUGCGGAAACGUACGGGUCUUAGAUCUUUACCCUUCCUAUGUGCGAGAAAUCUUGCAGGAGCGGAGCGGAAGUCAUAUGUGCCUCCUCGGGUUUUGUGCAAGAAUAUGCCCUUGGCGCGACUUGCAGAAAGCAUGUGGGCAGGAUUCGGAUACCCCAAAAAGACUUGGAUGGUGCAGAACGGGCAACGGUGGGGUGAGUGAUGAGGACAAAAGGCUACAGGGACUGUGAUUUUUAAACACUCAUUGGCCGCGUUAAUGUACAUUUGUCCCAGUUUUAUCAGUGCUUCUUCGCUUUCUGGUUGCUUGGCCACGAACGUCUUUUGGUUCCAGUUUGUCGGACGAGCCUUUGGAUUCUUUCAAUUGUGUUCUUUGCACUAUUUAUUGACUGCACAAAAAGAGGCAGCUCUCGAAGUCUGGUGGACCCACGUGAACCCGGGGGAUUUCAUCCCCUCUGCUCUUUUUGAAAUAAGCAGGGGGUGAAGAAACUUCUAGACAUGUACAGCCUUGUAAAAAAAAAGUAAAGCUUCCUAGGAACAACAAA